ACUCAAACAUGUCAAAGGUCACGCCAUUGGGUGUUUAAAUGGUCACAGCCUAAUACACACGUUUGUAAACACUGGCCCAAAUCAACAAGGCGAUUUACUUAUAUCUAAUAAAGUAACGUGCAUCGUUAAGAAGACUAUGAAUGUGGGAUCUUUGUACUGGCUGAUUGUCCUACAGCUUGCUGUGGUGUGUAUAGAAUGUAAAACACCAGGACUUCAAACCAGAAUAACAGACAAAGCGCUUAAUUAUGCCACGGAUGUUGCGUUGGACAUACUUUCAAAACAGGUGACGGGUCAGAAAAUUCCGGAUCAACAUGGGAGUACAGGGGACAUCUCCUAUGACAUUACAGGGUUACAGAUAAAUGCAUUUAGCAAGCCGAGCAGUAAAGCCUCUUUGAUUCAGAAUGUUGGAGUGUCUUGGAGCACAAGUGGGAGUUCACUAAACGUCCACGGAAAUUUUCAUUAUAAACUCCACGGAAUAAUUCCCAUAUCGGAUUCUGGAAGUUUUGAUCUUAGAGCAAGUAGCAUAAAUGCUGCAAUUAAUAUUGAAUUGGGUUCGGAUACUACUGGGCGUCCUACAAUGAAAGCUGUUGGCUGUAACUGCAAUAUUGGCUCGGCGGACAUAAGCUUUCAUGGCGGCACUGCAUGGAUAUACAAUUUGUUUUCUGGUUUAGUCGCAGAUAAACUGAAAGAUAUAGUCGGAGGAAGCAAUGGAAUUUUAUGCCAACAGCUGAACAAUCUUGUGAAUGUCAAUGGAACGGAAAGUCUUAAAAAUCUGCCAGUUACAGUAGAAAUAGCAAAGCUGUUCUUGUUGGAUUACAGAUUCCUGUCAAAACCUUCAUUUCAAUCCAAUUUUAUGGAGACGUACCAUAAGGGUGAAGUGUUUUGGAAAUCAAAUCCGAUCGAGGCACCUUUUCCAGUCCCUCCGUUGCUGAAAUUUUCCAAUACAUCUCGGAUGAUGUACCUAUGGGUGUCUGAUUUCCUGUUCAACUCCAUGUCUUAUAAUGCAUACAAAUAUAAUCAACUCCGAUACAACGUCACUAACAAGGACCUCCCUGGAGGAGUUUUGAACACAACUUGUCAGAAGGUGACAUGCAUCGGGAAUUUCAUUCCAGAAAUCGGAAAGAAAUUUCCCAACACAACAGUGAUGUUAUACAUGAAAUCUACAGCGAUGCCAAACAUGACCGUCAGGAAUGGGUCAACUAUGGUAGACGCCUCUGGUGAUAUUCUCUUCUUUGCUCAACAACAAGGCGGGAAAUACAUCUACUUCUUAACAUUAUCGGCGAUGAUGUCAUCAACAAUAUCUGUGAGGAUACAAAAUGAGAAGAUUUUUGCCAAAGUCCUGAAAUUACCGAUUGCUGUUAAAGUAAAAGAUUCAAAAAUUGGGCAGCUUUCGCCUCAGGUAUUGGAUUUGAUUAUAAAAGGCGUUGUUGCGGUAUUUGUGGAACCAAAACUAAAUGACUUUGGAAAUAAAGGCUUUCCUCUUCCUGUUAUCGAAUCUGUACACUUUGUUGACACCCAACUGACAAUUGCUAAGGACACACUUUUCAUAGCAACAGAUCUGAAGUAUAAAGGAUGAAAAUGGGCAGUUAUCGAGAUACUUCAAUUAUCAUAAAUCU